AAGGGUAAAGAGAGGCAGGAAAAAAAGACAAUCGUCUAGUUCAGUCUUACUCACACAUGCAGUCAACGCUAUUAGAUAACGACAAACUGGACUAAACUGCGUUUUAGUAGCUGUAUGAUAACUGGGGUGACGUGGAGGAUCCUGUAGGCUCGCAGGAGCACGCGCCUCUCCACACCAUGGAUCAUAUGGGAGCGCAUCUCCACCAGACGCACGCAGACACCAUCAGUUUUGGGAUCGACCAGAUUCUUAACAAUGCAGACCAGGGGAGCUGCAUGAUCGCCAACCCCAGAAUGCAGGACAUGGACUACGGUUUGGGCUGCAUAGUCAGCACAGCCUACAAUACCAUGACUGGCAACUACGGCGUCAAUAACUCGGCUGGAUACAAUGGAAACUCGUGCAGCGUUGGUUCCCUCAACGGCUCGUACAACAUGAACUUGGGCGCGAAUGUUAAUGGGAAUUGCCUUAAUUCUUCGGGAGUGAUCCGAGUUCCAGCGCACCGGCCGCUGAGCAGCGUUCACUCGUCCAUUCCCACCAGCGCUACCACGGUGCCAAGUAUGGGAAGCAUGGGCACCAUUAACAAUCUCACGGGAUUAACGUUUCCAUGGAUGGAGAGUAACAGGAGAUAUACCAAAGAGAGAUUUACAGUGGCCCUCUCACCGUUCACUGUAACACGCCGUAUAGGUCACCCGUAUCAGAACCGAACCCCUCCGAAGAAGAAGAAGCCCCGGACUUCGUUCACGCGCCUCCAGAUCUGCGAGCUGGAGAAACGCUUCCACCGUCAGAAGUAUCUGGCGUCAGCUGAGAGGGCAGCCUUAGCGAAAGCACUUAAAAUGACUGAUGCGCAGGUCAAAACAUGGUUCCAAAACAGAAGAACGAAAUGGAGGCGGCAGACAGCAGAGGAGAGAGAAGCAGAGCGACAACAAGCGAACCGAAUUCUUAUGCAACUUCAGCAAGAAGCUUUUCAGAAGACUAUAAACCAACCUGUUACUCCGGACCCAAUCUGCCUUCACAACAGCUCUCUGUUCGCACUUCAGAACCUUCAGCCCUGGACUGAGAACACGGGGAAAAUCAGUAGCGUUCCCAACACUGAUUGAGAUGGGCAGACUUUUAUGGACGUGGGAUGUACAGAGGAAUAUCAUUGCUUUCUUCUUUCUAAUGUAAAAUUAGUCUUUCAUUUGUAAUAUGCAAAUUGUACAAAAAAGUCUAUUUGAUGGCUACAAUCGUUCAGAUAAUCUUUUUUUUGUUUUUAAGGAACAAUAUGCAAAACAUAUUUCGUAACUCAGACAUUCAUUUUUAAUUUGUAUACUUCCAAAAGCAUAACGUAUGUGGUAGGCUAACGCGUUUAUAACGUUUAACUAUUAAUAGUCUCAAAAUAAAUAAAAUAGGCUGUUGUUAACACAUAAACGAACGUACGAAUCUUCGUACGAAACGUACGAAGCUCCCAAAAGCCUAUGUAGGUCCAAUUUAAGUAGGUCUGCUAUUAAAAUGUUUAACUUUUCGCCCAAGCCUUAUCAAAUUAUCUUGCAAUUAAAGCUAUAUCCACUGAAUAAAUUAUUACUGACUAUAGGAAAAAAUCGUGACAGCUGAAAAAAUAAAUUGGCCAUAUUGCACAUUGCGCAAAGCACGUAUGAGAAAAAAAUCAGGUAAAUAACGCAACCUCUGUUAGCCUAAUAAGGUAGGCAUCGUUAUGAUUAACAGGCUAUCCGUGUUGUCAUUGCCAGGAUUAGACACAGAUAGCCCACAACGGCCUCACUGUAUGAAGACUGAAAAGCUUGCACCUCUUUACUCACAAAUGAGUGAAAACGAAAGAGUCGUGCAUGCAUGCGGAUUUUCAUGCCAUAAUGAAGGUGAUUAAACCAUAGGGGUGAAUUCAGGUUGAGAGGAACGUUUUUGCCAAAGGUGUCCCAAUCAACCUGAAUUCAACAUAUGUCUACAUGAUGAAAAGACACCGGCUUUAACGUGUAGCCUAAAGGGUGCUCUAAUGUGCACUUUUCUGAAAAGCGUAAAAACUUCCAUAACUUCAUAGGCUUCUUGGAAGAAUGAGAAUAGCUAAGGCCAAUCAAGAUUAAUUCUCACUUAUUUGAAUGAACUGUUUCCAAUUGUAAUCAGCUAAUGCUGAUUAACUUAAUUUUAUGAAUAUGAAUAAAGUUAUUAUAAAGUGUUACCAAUUCAUUUUUUUUCUUCAUAAUUGUUGGCCUAAUAUACGCCAUACGCUUGCAUUGAGCGAUUGCAUUUUUUGCACGUUUGUUAACACUUUCAACAAAUUCGUGGAUUAAACAUUAGGCUACAGGUAAAAAUGGGCCAAUGAGUCUGUACAUAAAUGGGCCGGCUUUCAUUUUUUAUGCUUGUGAUAACUAAGUGAGACUUAUUUUUUCACCAUAGCCUGAAGACGGAAGCGUGAUAUAAAUUAAAGCACUUGAUAUGCAGAAAUAUGUUGUCGCAACUUUCCAGAAAAAAUAUUCGUUGUCAAUUAUGUAAUCAUUUUUACAUUAUUUGUAGUGCAUUUAUGUUUUUAGCUUUCUGGAUAUGUUCUCGGGAAUCUAGAAGCAGCAUUUAUUUUGUUCAGAUAGGCUCUAUAUGAAAGAGACAACGCCGAAAUAUCUGUGUUCAGUAGCCUAACUCCUGUAGCUACACGUCACAUUUUACGCACUCAACAGUUUCUCAAAGACAUCAACUUGGUAGCACUGUAUGCGUAUUAUUUGUUAUUAAAAUAUAAGCUUAUGUG